AUGGAUUAUAUCUCAAUAAAAAGGAUAAGUGAACAUUACGCUACCAGAUAUGUAGAUUUAGACACUAUCGAGAAAGCUAUAAAAUCAAUCAAUAAAGGAAAAGCUGAAGAUGUAUUUGGUAUAUCUAAUGAAAAUGUAUUAUAUGCCGGACAACAAUUUAAAUUAUUUUUGCAUAAACUGAUUAAUCGAAUGUUCGAAGAUAAGGUACUUCCUGACAUCAUCAAAACAGGAUUAUUAUCACCAGUAUUUAAGAACAAGGGAGUCAAAAACGAUGCCAAAUAUUAUCGUGGAAUAACAGUCCUUCCCAUACUUCUGAAGAUCAUUGAAUUUAUUUUACGUUUAGACCUAAGAUCUUGCUCUCUAAAAUUACAGUCCAUACUUCAAAAAGGUUUCACAGCAAAUACAUCACCUUUAAAUGCUGCUAUCAUUUUAGAUAAAGUGUAUAGGGAAUAUAUGGACAAAAAAUUACCCUUUCUAUAUAGUGCUAUUGGAUGCAAAGUCAGCCUUUGA